UCAUGGAGAUUGUAGUAUCGAAUUGUGUACAGGACUACAAAGUAAUACAAGUUUCUUCAAAAAAUAUGCGUAGUCUAAUUUCUAUAGCUUUGAUGAGCAUCAUAUUUUGCAUCAUGCUGUACUCUUGUAACGCUGAAAUACCAUCGACAUCUGAAAAUCCCGAAAUAUUUAUCCAACCCGUUAGAUAUAUGAGCCGUCGAGCUGCCCAAGGAGGCGGUGGCAGUGGCGGUGCAAGUGGUGGUGCUGGUGCAAGCGGUGGCAUGGAGUUUGGUUUCGGCGUUAAUAUAGGUGGCCAAGGUGGUGGACAAGCAGAUGGACAAGGUGGCCGUUGAAUAUUUAAAGCAAAAAAAUAUAACGGUACCUUUGACAAGAAAGGAAUAUUGAAAAGGACAAUGAAGUUUUAAAUAAUUCUACACUCGAAUCAUAACCAUCAAUAAUAAAACGCAUCAUCUGAGUUCUCCGACUUAAAUACAUAAAAUUUUAAAAAUUCAUACAAGAAUAUGAUGAAUAAUAAAUCACGUAAAAUAUCUCGGCAAAAUAUAGUAUUUACUACUCUUCA